GUGAAAUCAACUUUUCUAGUUUUAGCCACAAAAAAGAGCUACCACACAGAAUCCCCCGCGGAUGAUAGACGAUAUCAACCCAACAAUUCUACAAUACGCCCCAUAUUUACCUGAAAUCCCGCCGCUUCGUCGCCACUUCACACUUCGCUUCUCUCUCUCUCUCUCUCUCUCUCUCUCAACGCUGUUCACUCACUCAAUUUCGCAUGGAAUUUUAUUCGACUGAGUUGCGACACCAAAAUUAACUGAAAGGAAACGAGCAUGGCUUCUCUCCAUGUUCUGAAAUGCAGCUUGUCUCCGUUGUCAGUUUCGAAAUCCCGUCGGAAAUUGAGCGGUAAUAAGGUGUCCAACUUUCAAAACCACCGGAGACCCAAAAUCUUAAGUUACAGAAGCUUUAGGGUUGCUUGUAAGGUUCAAGAAGAUGAUAACCAAAGCAAAGGUGAAGAACCUCCUGAGUCAUUGUUUAUGAAAGAACUAAAGAAACGGGGUAUGACUCCCAUUUCAUUGCUUGAGGAGAGCAAUAGGAGCAUCUUUUGGGAUGACGAGAUGAAGUUUAAGGAAGAAAAGGGAGGGUACUCAAAGAGAAAUACAGUGACAACAGAUUACGAGAAAGGCUUAUAUACUGAAAGUGAACCUUCCACAGCACUUAACAGUGGACAUAAGGGUUGGAUUCCGCAAGCUGGACUUUUGCUAUCCCUUGGAGGAACAUUCGUCUCGACAUUUUGGCGGUUGAUCUUCAUAACAGUGGCAUCCUUCUUUGCUCUAUACUUUUAUUGCGGAUCAGCUUUUGUUCAUGAUGGAAGCGCCAUAACACUACCUCAGUAUGUCGACCCAUAUGCACUUUUGGAAGAUGAAAUGAUAUCUCAAACAGCUUCUCUGGUAAAUUGAAGGAUAAUCAGGCAGCAGAUGCUUCAAGUUUCAGUUACCGGUCUGUUUGACGUAGUCUGUUCGUUCUUUCUUGUAAAGAGUCUUGAAACUAGGAAGAACUAGAACUCAUCUCUGUUUUGUUCCAUCUCUGAAAUCAUUUGGAAUGGUAUAUUAUGAUCCAAAUGCUCUUGUGAAUGUGCAUAUUGUAUGAAAUUCCAUCACUAGUUUUUCCCUAUUGGUCUUUCUAUUUUCUA